CUCCGGUUGCCCAGGCAACGAAAAACAGAUACUGUUUUUUUUUGUUUUCACUCCUCAGCGGUUACGGGAUGCGUCCAGUGUAACAGAAAGAACGAAUAUUUGAGAUGGAAGCUAUGGCAAAUAUGGAAGAGGAGGAAUCCUUGAAGACCAUUCGUCUGAGGAUUAUUGGUUGUGCAGCUCUUCCUGGUAUAACUGAAGAGUCAUGGUCAGAGGAGAAUAAGAGGGCUGUGGAUCAAUUUAUUGUGGACUCUGCUAUCAAAAUCCUGACAGUCUACUUGGACCCCAAUGGCAGGCUGCGGGUGGAGCACUCCUUGCCGUCUUCGGUGGUAGAUAUUUGGUGUUAUUUUAUCCGCGAAUCAGGGGCCACAAUCACAGCAGAGACAUUUGACAUGGUUAUACAGUUUGCCAUGGAGGGGGGCGACCACGCCAAGAACCUGCUGGAAUUCAGUAACUGUUUGAUUGCACCCCUUGUUCCCUUCAUGGACAUCAUGGACAAGAACUCAAAGGACCACUAUCUCGAAGAAAUGCACUGCUUCCUUAACUUCCUUACAGAUGUGGUAUAUAAGAAGGAGGGCAGAACAGUUCUGUACAUCCCAGUGGAGUGCCUAAACUACAGCUCUGAGGAGGCCUGCAGGGAUAAGAUGCUAGUACAGAGAAUGGAGACUGUAAUGAUCGAAUGGACAGAUCAGAUGAAGGAGCUGCUGAAUGACCAAAAUACGAUGGCGAUGAAUGACACCGGUGGCCCAAUGCAGGAGAUGGCCCUCUGGCAGAGUCGCUCUGCCAAGAUGUUGGAAUUCAGCCAGCAACUGCAAAAGCCAGAGGUCAGGCAUGUCCAGGACAUCCUCCAGCACACCAAGUCUCUCUAUUUAGAGCGCUUCUGUAAACUGGCCAAGGAAAUACAGGAUUUCUCUCAAGAGGCCCAGUUAAACGUGAAGUUCCUGUCUAUAUUGAAGGAGCCAUGUGAAGAGCUUGCCCAGCUCAAGCCAAGCCAAAUUACUUCUGAAAAGCUGAAACACAUUAUCCAUCUCAUUCGCGUCAUCUGGAUCAACUCCAAGUACUUCAACACCAGCGAGAGAAUGACCGGUCUCUUCUGCAAGAUGACUAAUGAAAUCAUCUGCCUGUGCUUACAAAGCAUCUCUCUGGAUAAGAUGUUUAAGGGCUAUGUGACAUCCACCAAGGGCAACCUGAAUGACUGUAUCAAGUGCUGCGAGACCUGGAAGGAAUCUUACCUGCGGGUCUCAAAGAGUCACCAAAUGUGUUCUCCAAUAGAGUGGGUCCUGGACCAUAGGAGUUUUUUUGAGGUGGUUGAUGCUUUCAUUCAGAGGUUCACAGAGCUGCUUGAGGUAUGUGACUGCAUGCAUCAGUUUGCCCGUUGGGAGGAUGGUCAGCAGCGCUGCUCACCCAUCUUCGGCACCAUUCAGGGACCAGCAUUCAGCCGCUACCUCCUGGAGAUAGAGGGCAAUUUCCACCAGGGCCUACAGACCCUGUGCUCUGUUGGCAAGGGCAUCCUUGAUGUGGAGAACACCACAUGGCGCAAUGAAUUCAACACGUUUCGGGCAUCGGUAAAGGAUCUGGAAGUGAUGAUGCAAAACCUGAUCAAUUCAGUGUUUAAGGCCGAAGGGAACCUAGUGCACCGAGGUGUUCACAUUGUGAACAUUUUUAGGCCUAUGAUGACUCGAGAGGCCAUUAAGUGCACCAUUGAUGAUAACGCGGAACUCAUUUACGAUAGCUUCAAGAGGGAGCUCCGACUGAUCAACAGAGAUAUGAACCAGACGACAUGGCAUAUUCCUGACUUCAUGCCUCAGAUGGCAGGCAAAGCACACAUGUUGAGGGGCCUGAUAGCUCCCUUUGAGAGGCCCAUGCAGGUGCUUCAGAAUGCCUUCUUCAUGCCUGAAACAGUAAGCCGCAAGGAGGUUGAGACUAUCUAUGGCCAGACAAAGCAGGCUUUGGAUGACAUGGAGAAGGAGACCUUCAGAGAGUGGAGCCAGAGCCUGGAUGUUCAGUACUUCAAAAGGCUGGAACAGCCAAUCAUGGUGCGCUGCACCGAUGGAUCCGGCAUGUUGAGCAUCAACUUUAACAAAUACCUGUUGAACCUGUUCUCUGAGAUCGAGUACUGGGAUCAUCUUGGAUCGAAGUAUGAGAUACCCCAGGAUGCACGAGACAUUUACCAGUACAGUGGGGACCUCAGGCUGCUGGAGGAGAGAACACGGCUGGUGGUCACAACCUAUAACAGGAUCAUUGAUAUGCUGUCUCCGAUUGAUAUGGCUCUGUUUCGGGAGCGUAUUCGUUUCAUCGAUGAAAAGAUUCAGCCGGGCCUGACCAGGUUCCUGUGGUCGAGUAAAGCUUCUGACAUCUUUAUUCGAGACUGUCUCCCACAUGUUGACAAGGUCCAGAGGAUAGCUGAUGAAUACAAAGCAUCGACAGCAUCCAUCUCCAGCCUCUGUCACAAGAUCAGUGAAACAUUACUGGUCAGACUGGAUGGAAAGACUGUUUACAGGAACCUGGAGUUUGAUGAUUACCAAAAGGCUCACCAGCAGAGCCAACUCAAAAUACUGCGCUCAGCACACCAGGAUAUUUCUGACAUCAUGACCCACAUUCACAAAACCUUCGCUAACGACGGACCUGAGGUCCAGGAGCACUGGGUGACCUUCACAGAACAGGUAGACCAUUUGGUGGAGAAAGCUCUAAGGAUCAACAUCAAGAACUCCAUGAUGAAACUCUCCAUGGCAAUUAAUGGAGACAGCAAAACCACCCAAUCACCCAAUCCCUUGUUCAAAGUCCUGGUAACACUGCACCGGGCUACUCCUCAAGCCACACCAAAGGUUGAGUUCUCCCCCACUCUUGCAAAGCUUGCUGAGAUUGUGAACAUUUUGCCUCAGCUCAUCAACACCGUCUCAGAAUUUAAACGACUGGCUGAACUUCUCCCUGGCAAACAGCCACAGGGGAAUCCCAUACACAUCAGUAUAGAGCAAGAUGAGGAGAUACGGAAGAUUCAGGCUGCUCUUUCCACAGGGAUGACAGCCAAUGUCAGCCACCUGCAGGCCUCACUAAAGAACUGGGACAAAUACAGAGAUAUCUGGGAGAUCAACAAGGACUCCUUUAUACAACGUUACCAGAGACUAAACCCACCAGUCACGACUUUUGAUGCAGAUAUACACAGGUACACAGAAAAGGUCAACAGUGUUCAACUUGAAGAGACGCUACUGAACAUUGGCUUUGUCAUGCUGGACUGUUCAAAACUCAAGUCCUCCUUGGUGCAGCACUGCAGUGACUGGCAGACCAAGUUAACUCAGCUGCUCAGCCACAUAGCCAGCACCCGUCUAAAAGAACUUCAUGCCUCAAUGGAAGACAAUGGCGAUAGGCUGAAACCACACCCCCAGACACUGGCGGAGCUUGGUGAGAGCCUGAAACUCUUAGAGACUCUCCAGGGUGAUUUGCCUAGGACAAAAGCUCUGAUUCCUCUCAUCCAUGAUCAGUUUGCUGUCCUGGACAAAUAUGACAUUGAUGUGGAACAGGAUGUGCAAAAAAUGCGUGAGAUGCUGAAUGAGAGGUGGGUGUGGUUCCAACAGCUGUUGUUUGACAGUGACAUCAUGCUGCAGAAACAGAAGGUGAAGUUUAAGGACAGCUUCAUCCUUUCGGCUAAGGAGCUCAAGAAGAAGAGCCACAUCGCUUUUACAGACUUCAGUAAAACAGGUCCAUUUUCCAGUCAUCUGAGCACUUCCUAUGCCUUAGAAGAAAUCGCAGGCCAUCGCAUGCAACUGGAGGCUCUAAAACAGGAAGAGUGUACCAUCCUUCAGGGGCUGGAAUUCUUCAAAAUAGAAUGGACACCAUCCAAAACCAUCCAGAUGCUGGAGAAGGACAUAGACCACCUGCAGCAGGUCUGGGAGAUUACACAGAACUGGAAUGCCAACUGGGAUGUCUGGAAGGGUGGUCAGUUUGCCACAUUACAGACAGAGGGCAUGGAGAGGGCAGUGCAGGACAUGUUCAAAAAAAUCGUUGAACUCCACAGAGAUCUAAAGGAUAAGAACUGGGAAAUAGUAGAUUUCUCCAAGAACAAGAUUGAUCAGUUCAAGCAGAUCAUCCCUCUCAUCGCUGAUCUGAGGAACCCAGCCAUAAGAGACAGGCACUGGAUGCAGAUCUAUGAAGAGCUGUCUUGCUAUUUUGACCCAACCAGCAGUGAAUUCACCCUGGAGAAGAUCAUAUUUCUGGGCCUCGACAAAUAUGCUGGGAAGAUCUGUGAGAUCUCGGGAGCAGCCAGCAAUGAACUCUCCAUUGAAAAGGGUCUGGAGGGAAUGACGACGACAUGGGCAGAAACAUUCCUGGACAUAGUGCCAUAUGAAGCUAAAGGCCACUACUGGCUUAGGAGUACAGAAGAAGUUUUCCAGGCCCUGGAGGACAACCAGGUUAUUCUGUCCACAAUGAAGGCAUCUCGGUUUGUCAAAGCCUUUGAGCAGGAGGUAGAUUGUUGGGAACGUCAGCUGUCCGAGGUGCGGGAAGUCAUCGAGAUGAUCCUCAGUCUGCAGCAUCAGUGGAUUUCUUUGAAGAACAUUUUUCAAGAUAAGGAUAUCUGUGAGCAGCUGCCUCAUGAGUGCAAAGAGUUUGAAGAUACUAGUUCUAGUUGGAAGGCCACCAUGGGCCGACUCCAGAAGGAUAACAACGCUUUGCAGGGAACACACCACCCAAGCUUGCUGGAGGAGCUUGCACAUAUGAGCACCAAGCUGGAAGAGAUCCAGAGGGCACUCGACAUAUACCUGGAGACCAAGAGGCAGAUCUUCUCAAGAUUCUGCUUCCUGUCCAAUGAUGAUUUGGUGGAGAUCCUAGGGCAGUCAAAGAACCCCAAAGUCAUGCAGCCUCACCUGAAGAAGUGUUUUGACAACAUCAAGAGCCUGCGCAUUGAGGAGGUGGUCACUAUGCCAAUCGCUCUUGGGAUGUUCUCUGCUGAUGGGGAGUAUAUUGAUUUCAACGAACAAGUGAUGCUUGACAGAUCUGUGGAGGUUUGGCUGUGUGAUGUUGAGGAGAACAUGCGUGAUACAUUAAAGACACAGCUGAAAAAUUGCCUUUCUGCUCUGAAGAAAACAUCAGGACAGAGAGACAAAUGGGUCAAAGCGUGGCCAGGACAGACACUAAUCACAGCCAGUCAGAUCCAGUGGACCAGUGAUGUUACUCAUUCUCUCAAUUCCAGCAAGGAAAGAGCUGAGUCUUCUCUUAAGUCCAUGAAGAAGAAACAGGUCUCCAUGCUUCAGUGCUAUUCAGAGAUCAUCCAUGGCAAACUGUCCAAAGUUCAGCGCCUGAAGCUCAUAGCACUGAUCACGGUGGAGGUUCAUGCUCGGGAUGUCAUUGAGAAGCUGGUUAAGGGAGGCUGCAAUGAUGCCAGUGCUUUCGAGUGGCUCUGCCAGCUGAGACUAUACUCAGAGAAGGAUGAUUGCAUAGUCCGACAGACCAACGCAUGUUUCACUUAUGGCUAUGAGUACCUGGGCAACUCUGGACGCCUCGUUAUCACUCCACUUACUGACAGGUGUUACAUGACCCUGACCACAGCGCUCCAUCUCUGUCGUGGGGGCUGUCCUAAAGGCCCAGCUGGUACUGGGAAGACAGAGACAGUGAAGGACUUGGGCAAAGCUCUAGGCAUGCAUGUCAUUGUAGUCAACUGCUCUGAAAGACUGGACUACAAAUCCAUAGGACGCAUGUUCUCUGGCCUGGCACAGACUGGAGCAUGGGGAUGCUUCGAUGCAUUCAACCGUAUUAACGUUGAGGUGUUGUCAGUAGUGGCCCAGCAGAUCCUUUCCAUCCUGUCUGCCCUCUCAGCUAGACAGUGCAAGUUCCACUUUGAAGGACAGCACAUACCUCUGGUCGACUCAUGUGGCAUCUUUGUCACUAUGAAUCCUGGUUAUGCUGGUCAAACUGAGCUUCCGGACAACCUCAAGUCCAUGUUCAGACCUAUCUCCAUGGUGGUGCCAGACUCCACUCAAAUCACUAUGAUCACGUUGUUUGCAGAGGGAUUCAACACGCCCAAGCCCCUGGCGAAGAAAGUGUUGACUCUGUACUCCCUAGCAGCGCAGCAGCUAUCUAAACAGGACCACUAUGACUUUGGCAUGCGUGCUCUCAUCUCCUUGCUCCGUUGUGCUGGAAAGAAACGCGGCUCCUUCCCCAAAGUUCCAGAUGAAGAAAUCCUGCUAAUGGCUAUUAAGGACAUGAACACGGCUAAACUGACCGCGACUGACCUUCCACUAUUUGAUGGGAUCAUCCAGGACUUGUUCCCGGGUGUGGAAACACCUGUUACAGACUAUGGCAAGUUGAAAGAAGCUAUAACGACGGAACUUUAUCAGAGGGGUUUGCAGGUGACUCCUUUCACCAUGACCAAAGUCAUCCAGCUUUAUGAGACAAAAAACUCUUGGCACUGCUCCAUGCUGGUGGGCAAGACAGGCAGUGCAAAGAGCGUGACCUGGAGAACCCUGCAGCGGGCCCUCACUGCCCUGCACCACAAGGGAGAGCCUGGCUUCCAGCUGGUCAAGGACUAUCCUCUGAACCCUAAGGCAAUGAGUCUGGCAGAGCUGUAUGGAGAAACUGACCUUUCCACUAAUGAAUGGGCUGAUGGAGUGCUGUCCUCCCUCAUGAGACUGGCCUGUGCAGAUGAGAAACUAGAUGAGAAGUGGAUUGUGUUUGACGGGCCUGUUGACACACUGUGGAUAGAGAGUAUGAACUCUGUUAUGGACGACAACAAGGUGCUCACGCUCAUCAAUGGAGAGAGAAUCUCUAUGCCUGAACAGGUGUCUCUGCUGUUUGAAGUGGAGAACCUGGAAAUGGCCUCUCCCGCAACAGUGUCUCGCUGUGGGAUUGUCUACAGUGAGUACGCUGAUCUGGGAUGGCGGCCUUUUUUUCAGUCCUGGCUGGACAAGCGUCCAAAGGCUGAAGCGGACCAUUUAAAGCAUCUGUUUGAGAAGUAUGUAGAUAGCACACUGAACUUUAAGAAGAGCAACUGUAAGGAGCUGAUCCCCAUCACUGAGCUCAAUGGAGUAACCUCUCUAUGCCGCCUCUAUGACUCCUUGGCCACACCCAGCAAUGGGGUGAAUACUUCGGACACAGAGAACUUGGGUAGGAUGGUGGAGCUCUGGUUCAUCUUCAGCCUCAUCUGGUCCAUCUGUGCUUCUGUUGACGAGGAUGGACGCAAGAGGAUUGACACCUUCUUGAAGGAGAUGGGAUGCAACUUCCCCACCAAGGACAUGUGUUAUGAGUACUAUGUGGACACCAAGAAAAGAACCUGGGCUUCUUUUGAAGACAAGCUGCCAAAGAGCUGGCGCUACAAUGCCAAAGGUCCAUUCUAUAAGAUUAUGGUUCCUACAGUGGACACAGUUCGAUACAACUUCCUGGUGAAGGCUCUGGUGCUGGGUCAGUGCCCAGUGCUGUUGACUGGGCCAUUGGGUACUGGUAAAACUUCAAUGGCCCAAAGUGUCCUGCAUGAAUUAGACAGCAGUUGGGCUGCCCUCACUGUCAACGUGUCUUCACAGACCACCUCUACUAACAUCCAGUCCAUCAUAGAGAGCCGCGUGGAGAAGAGAACCAAAGGCGUGUUUGUGCCAGCUGGUAGCAAGCGGCUGUUGUGCUUCCUGGACGACCUCAACAUGCCUGCUCAUGACCUAUUUGGCUCCCAACCUCCGCUUGAAUUGCUGCGCUUCUGGAUCGACUAUGGCUUCUGGUAUGACCACCAGAAACAGUCCCAAAAGUUUGUCAAGGACAUCUUCUUGUUGGCGUCCAUGGGGCCCCCUGGCGGAGGGAGGACUCACAUUUCUGGCCGCUUACAGAGUCAAUUCAACCUCAUCAACAUGACUUUCCCCAUUGAGUCCCAGAUCAAGCAGAUUUACGGUACCAUGAUAGGCCAAAAGCUCCAGGAGUUUAGCGAUGAGAUGAAACCCAUUGGACAAGUUCUGAUUCAGGCCACCUUAGAGCUUUAUGAAGCUGUUUCAGCUUGCUUUCUUCCCACUCCAACCAAGAUACACUACGUCUUCAACCUCAGGGAUAUCUCCAAGGUGUUUCAGGGUCUGCUGAGAGCUGACCCACUUUAUCAUGACACUCAAAACAGCAUGACAAGACUGUGGAUCCAUGAGUGCUUCAGGGUUUUCUCAGACCGGCUUGUCGAUCACAAUGACAUGGAGGCAUUUGUUGCUUUGCUGGGGGAAAAACUGGGCUCACUCUUUGGCCUCACGUUUCACAACAUCUGCCCAAACAAACAACCUCCAAUAUUUGGUGAUUUCCUGAGUGAGUUUAGUGUGUAUAAAGACCUGCAGGAUAUAAAGGCUCUCAAGGAGUUCAUGGAAACCCAGCUGGAGAACUACAACAUGACACCCGGCGUAGUGCCCAUGAGCCUGCUGCUCUUCCGAGAUGCCAUUGAACACAUAACCUGCGCAGUACGUGUGAUCAGUCAGCCCAGGGGCAACAUGCUUCUGGUUGGUGUUAGGGGCUCUGGCAGACAGAGCCUGUCAAAAAUGGCCGCCUCCAUUUGCAAAUACCAGGUAUUCCAGGUGAAAAUCACCAAACAGUACCACAAACAGGAGUUUAGGGAAGACAUCAAAAAGCUAUAUCAUCUGACUGGUGUGGACAAUAAGCCCACAGUCUUCCUGCUCAACGACACUCAGAUUGUAGAUGAAUCCUUCCUCGAGGACAUAAAUAACAUCCUGAGUUCUGGAGAGGUGCCUAACCUCUACAAGCCGGAUGAGUUUGUUGAGUUAUGCAGUGCUCUGUCAGAGUCUGCCAGGAAAGACAAUGUGGCAGAGACUCCAAACUCCUUGUUCACUUACCUGAUAGAGCGAGUCAGGAACAACCUGCACAUAGUUCUUUGUAUGAGCCCAGUCGGGAAGGCAUUCAGGAAACACCUCCUCCAGUACCCAGCACUCAUCAACUGCACCUCCAUUGACUGGUUUCGUGAGUGGCCCAGAGAUGCUCUGCUGGAGGUAGCUAAGAGUUUCUUGGAUGGACUGGAGCUGGGCUCUUUGCCGGGGAUCCAAACAAAGGUUGCCAGUACCUUUGCGACCACACACCAGUCAGUAGCACAGGUGUCCCAAAGGAUGAAGUUGGAACUGCAGAGGCAUAAUUAUGUAACACCCACCAACUACCUGGAGCUGGUGUCUGGAUACAACAAGCUAUUGGUGGAGAAAUGCAGUGACCUGGAGGAACAGGUGAGCAAGCUGCGUAAUGGCCUUUUCAAGAUCAGUGACACACAGGAGAAGGUGGAGGCCAUGUCUCUUGAGCUGGAGGAGGCCAAGAAGCAGGUGGCCGAGUUCCAGAGCCAGUGUGACAAGUUCCUGACCAUCAUUAUACAGCAGAUGCAUGAGGCUGACAAGCAGCAGAGGGCGGUGAUUGAUGACAGUGAACACAUCAGAGCACAAGAGUUACAGUGUAAAACCAUGGCUGAGAAUGCACAGAAAGACCUGGAACAGGCCCUGCCUGCCCUGGAAGAGGCCAUGAAGGCUUUAGAAUCUCUAAAUAAGAAGGACUUGGCAGAGAUUCAGUCAUAUGGCCGUCCCCCAGUACAGGUGGAGACAGUGAUGCAGGCUGUGAUGACUCUUCUGGGUAAUGAGCCUUCUUGGACCGAGGCAAAGAGACAGCUGGGAGACUCCAACUUCAUCAAAACAUUAGUAAAUUUUGACAAGGACAAUAUAUCAGACAGUGUGUUGAAGAAGGUUGGUCAGUACUGCAGACAGGCAGACUUCCAGCCAAACAUUAUUGGCAAAGUGUCACUGGCUGCAAAGUCCCUCUGCAUGUGGGUCAGAGCCAUGGAGGUUUAUGGGUGCAUCUACAGGGUGAUGGCGCCAAAGCGGGCCCAACUGAACACUGCCAUGGCCCAACUAGCAGAAAAACAAUCUGCACUGGCUGAGGCUCAGGACAAAUUACGAGAGGUGGGGGAGAAGUUAGACCAGCUGAAAAAGCAGCAUGGUGAGAAGUUGGCAAUGAACACGAGAUUGAGCAAGAAAUCCCAGGAGAUGGAGGUGAAACUGGACCGAGCUGACAAACUCCUGACUGAACUUGCUGGAGAGAGGGUCCGCUGGGAGGAGAAACUUCCUGGUCUUGAGGAAAACAUGAGGUACCUGAUAGGAGACUGUCUGUUAGCGGCAUCUUUCUUGGCCUACAUGGGACCCCUCCCUUCAAACUAUAGAGAUGAGUUGCUUGCCACCUGGAUGAAAGAGUUACAUGACUUAGAGAUCCCAUGCACACCAGGGUUCAGUUUUGCAGUUUUUCUGUCCAAGCCUACAACAGUGCGGGACUGGAACAGUCAGGGCCUGCUCACUGAUGCAUUCUCUACGGAGAAUGCAAUUAUCACCACUCAGGGAAACCGAUGGCCGCUGAUAGUGGACCCUCAGGGCCAAGCUCUGAAGUGGAUCAAAAAUAUGGAGAUGAUGAAAGGUCUCAAAGUAAUAGACUUUCAGAUGCCAGACUACUUGCAGGUACUGGAGAACGCUAUCCAGUUUGGGAAUCCAGUUUUGCUGCAAAAUGUCCAGGAGGAGUUGGAGCCUUCUCUCAACCCAGUACUUAAGAAGUCCCUGACACACAAAGGUGGCAGGCUGCUGUUGACCCUCGGUGAAAAGGAGGUGGAGUACAAUCCGGAGUUUCGUUUGUACAUCACCACCAAGCUGUCUAACCCCCACUACACACCAGAGAUUUCUACAAAGACCAACAUAGUAAACUUCGCUAUCAAGGAGCAGGGUCUGGAAGCCCAGCUACUGGGAAUUGUUGUGUGUAAGGAACGUCCAGAGCUAGAAGAACAGAUGGACUCUCUGGUGAUCAGCAUUGCCUCUGGCAAGAAAAGCCUGCAGGAACUGGAGGAUGAGAUUCUCAGGCUGCUAAAUGAGGCAACUGGCUCACUGCUGGAUGAUGUGCAGCUGGUGGACACCCUCCAGACAAGCAAAGUGACAGCCACUGAGAUCUCAGAGCAGCUAAAGAGCAGUGAACAGACCAAGAUCAAGCUCGACUCUGCUAUAGAGGCUUACCGCCCAUGUGCCCAACGGGCCUCUAUUCUCUUCUUCAUCCUAAAUGACAUGGUCUGCAUUGACCCGAUGUACCAGUUCUCACUGGAUGCCUACAUUAACUUGUUCACCCUCAGCAUAAAAAAGAGCAAGCGCAGCCACAAACUGGAAGAAAGGAUUACCAACCUCAAUGACUACCACACAUAUUCAGUAUACAAGUACGCGUGUCUUGGUCUGUUUGAGGUCCACAGACUGCUCUUCAGCUUCCAGAUGUAUGCCAAAAUGUGGGAGGUGGCCGGCAAUCUCAACAUGGAUGAGUACAACUUCUUCCUCCGAGGAGGACUUGUACUUAAUAAGAAGGUUCCAGUGGACAACCCCUGUACCAGUUGGCUAGAGGACAGCAGCUGGGACAACAUCACAGAGCUGGAUAAGCUGCCCAAUUUCCAUGGCAUCAUGGGCUCCUUUGAGGAGUACCGCCGAGACUGGAAGAUUUGGUUCACAAGCGCUGAGCCAGAAAAAGCCACACUACCAGGUGAUUGGGAGACUAAAUGUAAUCAGCUCCAGAAGAUGCUGAUCCUGCGUGCCCUGCGACAGGACCGUGUCUCUGUGUGCGUCACCUCUUUAAUUGUUAACAACCUCGGCCCUCGCUUUGUGGAGCCGCCUGUUCUGGACAUGAGGGCUGUUGUGGAGCAAUCCACCUGCAGGACUCCCCUGAUCUUUGUUCUGUCUCCUGGGGUGGAUCCCACAGGAGCCCUGCAGCAGCUGGCUGAAGCAUCUGGUGUGAGCGCUCACUUCCAUGCCUUCUCUCUGGGCAAGGGACAGGCUCCCUUUGCCAAGACCAUGAUAAAGGAGGGCAUCAAGAAUGGUCACUGGGUGUUCCUUGCCAACUGCCACCUCUCUCUGUCAUGGAUGCCUGAGCUGGACAAGCUGGUGAAGCAGCUACAGGUGCAGGAGCCCCAUCCAAACUUUAGACUCUGGCUCAGCUCUGUGCCACACCCCGAAUUUCCCAUUACAGUCCUGCAGGCCGGCAUCAAGAUUGCCACUGAACCGCCAAAGGGUUUGAAAGCCCACAUGGAGCAUCUGUACGAGCUGGUGACAGAGGAUCAGUUCAAUAGCUGCUCAAGACCCGCCGACUACAGGAAGCUGUUUUUUUCCCUCUGCUUUUUUCACAGCAUCCUGCUGGAAAGGAAGAAGUUUUUACAGCUGGGCUGGAACAUUGUCUAUGGCUUCAGCGAUUCUGACUUUCUGGUGAGUGAGAGUUUGCUGAAACUGUACCUGGAUGAGUACAAGGAGAUUCCCUGGGAUGCUCUCAAGUACCUCAUUGCCGAGGUCACCUAUGGAGGUCAUGUCACAGAUGAGUGGGACAGACGUCUUCUAACUACAUACAUUAAUGACUUCUUCUGUGAUGCUGCUAUAAACCAGCCCUCCUUCAAUCUAUCCACCUUAUCCUCCUAUUACAUCCCCCGUGAUGGUCCCAAGUCUUCGUACAAGGAAUAUAUCCACACGCUGCCAUCCACAGAGCACCCUGAGGUGUUUGGCACGCACUCAAAUGCCGACAUUGCAAGCCGGAUGGCAGAAAGCAAGACGCUGUUCGACUCCCUGCUCUCCCUGCAGCCCCAGGCCACCAGUCCCACUGCUUCGGGGGCGAGGCCCAGUAGAGAAGAUAAGGUUUUAGAGAUGCUGGUAGACAUUCGUGAUGAGAUACCAUCAUUGAUAAACUAUGAAGGCACCAGGUUGCUGCUCCAGGGCAACCCCACACCCCUUAAUGUGGUCCUGCAGCAAGAGAUCCAGAGAUACAACUCUCUUCUGGAAACCAUUAUGUUGUCCCUAUUGGAGCUGGAGAAUGGGAUCAAAGGCUUAGUGGUGAUGUCAUCUAGCUUGGAGGAGACCUUCAACUGCAUCCACGAUGGCCGAGUACCACUGCUGUGGGAGAAGGCGUACCCCUCAAUGAAGCCCCUGGCUGCGUGGACCAGGGAUCUUUGCCAGCGAGUCAAUCAGUUGGCUCGCUGGGCAGAGAUGACCCAGCCCCCCGAAUUGUUUUGGCUUUCCGGCUUCACCUCUCCCAACGGGUUCCUCGCUGCUGUGCUGCAGUCCCAUGCGCGACAACACAAGAUUUCAGUGGACACGCUGUCUUGGGAGUUUAUAGUGUCCACUGUAGAUGACAGCCAGCUCUCUUACCCGGCAAAGGAUGGAGUAUACAUCCGAGGUCUGUACCUUGAAGGGGCUGGUUGGGACAAGAAGAACUCUUGUCUGGUGGAAGCAGAACCCAUGCAGAUGGUCUGUCCCAUGCCCACCAUCCACUUCAAACCUGUGGAAAGGCGCAAGAAGUCAGCCAAGGGUAUGUACCUGUGUCCCUGCUACUUGUACCCAGUGCGUUCAGGCGGGGCAGGACGAGCCUCUUUUGUGGUCUGUGUGGAGCUGAAAUCCGGAGCAGUGACCCCGGACCACUGGGUCAAGAGAGGGACUGCUCUUGUCAUGAGCCUGAACAAAUAAAUAGCUCAACCUUUGUUUUUUUUUCAGAUCUGAAAACACACACACUUUUCAAAUGUAUGCACAUUGUACCCAUUGACCCUACUCACACCCAAACUCCAUAUAAUUACAUUGAAAUUCAAUAAAAACAUCAUCAUUUGAUGAA